AUGUCGGCUGAGGACAUGGAGGCUGCCGAGACCCUAAACAGCCUACUUGAACAAAAAUACCACUCACCUAGGCAAAACCCUCCCACUCUAGUCCAGACUCAGGUCACCUUCGAAUCGGAUCAACCCGAACCGCUCCUCAGGCUGUUCACGAGCCAAUACCCUCUUGCUGGCAGUCUUAUUAAUGGCUCUUUGUCUGCCUACAAAACCACUCAGUCAUAUAUUCCCGGCGCCGAAUGGACCGAGAGGAAUGUUGGCCUACCCAUCGCGGGUACUGUCGCAAGAAUAUCCGGUGUCGAAGGUGGUUUGAGGUGGGCUCUGAAACCAAAGCGCGACGGACGUCCUUCCAGCGCUGCUCGGACACCAGACGUCGAGAAAGGCUAUUCCGACAUCACCUCCGGCGGUACAGACCGUCCAUCCUCCGAUCUGGCCUACUCCGAGACUCUACCCGCCUACAGCCCUGGUGAUCGUUCUCCACCUUACAGCGAACAGCAGAUUCUUCUUAAAUCACGCGACCGACAACCACCUCCCGGAUGGCGUCAACAACUCGUCAUCUCCACAAGUGGUCUUGGUGUCGCAAUGAGUGAUGACUCAAUCAGAAGCCUUCGCUACUGUCUGAGCUGGUUAAGGUGGGCAAAUGGACAUCUCGGCGAGGCAAUCCAGAAUCUCAAGAAUCUACUAGAGAGAUGGGAUGAAGGUAUCACCCCUGGCGAACAUCCUGCACCCAUGUCAGUCGCCAGCAUGACCCAGAGCCAAGAAGAGCGACGCCAGGCGGCAUUAUCAGCACGCAUUGCCGCUUUGAAAGCUGAUGUCCUCAAAACACUCAAAGAUGUCAUUGCCAUUGUUUCAAAUUACGCCGGUGGCGCAUUACCCACGAACGCACGUGAACUUGUUCACAGACAUCUGACCAGCCUUCCACAGCGAUUUAGUCUCGCAAACAUGGCCGGAAACAACCCCACUGAUGGAUCUGAAGAAAGUUCCAACGAUUCUGAAGCUGCUCAGUCAGGACGAAGAGUCAUGUUACUCGCCCAGGAAGGCCUAGACAUGAUGACGCAAGUCUCGAGGGUGGUCAAUGAUACCCUAGUCAGUGCCGAGGGCUGGUGCGAGAAAUUGGGCCGUCGCACCAACUCACAAUCUCAGCAACCAAUGCUUCUCGAUGAGAAAUCAGAUAACGCUUCGAUGCGAAGUGAGACUAUUGCACCGAGCGAUAGGACAAUUGAAUCCAGCCACCAGCAACAAUUUGGUGAUGAUGUGCAUAUGGAAAUGUAA